CUUUAUAAUGAAUUUUGGUUGAAACCAUUAACCGUAAUACUUUACUGUUACAUUUAGAAAAGUGACAACACUAAGUUCUAAAUGGGGCCCAAACAUCUGUGGCAUUGAUUUUGAAUAUCGAUAAAGUAUAUUUUGUUGUUCUUAUUUUAAUUACAAUAAACUAAAGUUUAGCAUCUGAAUUAUAAGCUUUUCAAAUAAAUAUUUUGUGAGUUAUGUCGUAGAAUUUAUGAUUGAAUAUAGAAAUGGUUAUACAAAAGAAUACUAACGAAAUCGACACAAACAAAAAUGUCGUUACCUUAGAUGCAGCAAGUAGUAGUACAUGGAGCCUUCAAACACCAGCUAAAAUAAUAAAUAUUCGUAGCACAUCAAAUAUGCAGGCUAAACCACCCAUAACACGGCAAAUAGCUAUAAGUACAUUGGCUGCUAUGCACAGACGGUUUAGUUUGCCUGGGCCAGUUCAACCUCACUCGAGACCCAUAGCUGAGUUUAGAGCUAGUGCAAACAAAUCCCUGGAUAUGUUACGACAAACUGUACAGUCAGCAGUUACAAGAGAAAUUGACCAAGUUAUUAAAAAAUAUUUGGAGAAAUUCUUCGUGCCAGCCGUUAAUAACAUUAGAUUAAACUUAGGCGAUGAGUCUGUGAGUGAAGAUCAGGUGAGAGCAGUUUGUCGUGCAAUGCUAGAUGCCACAAGACUCUUGUAUUCCACACCUCCACGGGUAACAAAUACUGGUUUAGAUACCAUAGAGGGAGAUACAGACAAAUUGACAAAACAAACAAUACCAAAUCCUUUAACAAAUAAAAGGAAAGAGCCAGAUUUGGAUACAGAUUUGUCUCAAGUCAAGAAAAUUAAACAAGAGGACAGUUCUGACAGCGGUUCUGCAUCACCAGUAUCAUUUACCACUGUCCAAGAUCCAGAAAAAUGGAAUCCAGCACGUCUUAGUCAAGAUACUUUAUUCAUUAUGGGCUCCCAUGCUCAUAAGGUGUUAGGACUGGGUAACUCACGUGGCCGUCUCUACACCCGUCAUGCUGGUUUGUUGAGAUAUCCAGCUGAUAGUGCCGAUAAAGAAUGGAUUGCAAGUCACAACCUUGCUAAUGCUGUAGGCGGCAAGACUUACAUUAUGGUCUUAGAAGAUAUUGAAGAAUUAGCAGCUAGUGAUGCCUAUAAACACAGCUCUUUACCGCUUCUUGGCGAAUUGACGGGUUUUAAAGUGCCACCGUUUUUAUUGAGAAAAAUUAAGGCUUAUGUUUUGAAGAAGGCACUUUGCGGGGAUAUUAGUAAUGCUAACAGCCCUCAACCUUCCACGAGUAACCAGGAAGAUAAGUUCAAAAUAGAAGACAUCAAAUUAGAGGUUCAUGAUGAUUUCGACUCAGCUAACUUCAAUGCAAGCCAGUACAUUACAAACUCUGAAAAUUCAAGAGACUUUGGAGAAUCAAUAAUGAAGGAGGAUUCAGACUUUGCAGAUAUAAAGGUAGAGGAUAUUGAUGAUAUCAAAGUGGAUGGAAUUAAAAUGGAAGAUCUGGAUGAAAUUAAAGUGGAUGGUAUAAAAGUUGAGGAUCUAGAGGCAAAUGGUAUUAAGGUUGAAAAUAUCGAUGAUAUAAAUGUGGAUGGUAUCAAAGUGGAAGAUAUAAAACUCGAGAAUGAGGAUGCUUUUGAUCUUUGUAAGGAAACAGAUGAUGAAAAUCAUCUCGUAGAUGGUUUGUUUGAAUCGGACAUUGAAUUUCUGAGUCGCAAUUUGUGUAACAUUGAAAGCGAUGCAGAUGCAAGAAAAACCAUUGAAAAAUUGACUGGAGCAAACCCCGACACUAUAACAUUAGUUGGAGAUGAGUUUGAUUUGGGCACAACUUUAAAUACAAGCAAUUUCUCAGGCAGCCAGUCUAAGUGUAUAACAGUGGCGUCUACAACCAGCGGUAUGAUUCAUAGUGUUCCAGUGGCUCACAUCGCCCCGCCGCGUAUAACUGGCAACACUUUACAUUACUACAGUCAACCAGCGCGGCUACAUCUACCACAAGCAACCCUCACUAUACAGGGUGUACCUCGACCUCCACAUAUGAUACGAGGAAUUCCGUUUAAUGCCAAAUCGGGCACUAUCAGCACGGUGAUGUCUCAAGGUACAGCCAGCAUCAUAGGUAUUGGUACGAGGUCUUCAAACGCAACCAUAAUCGGGAGCCCUCAGUAUGUCAAUGUUUGUUCCAAAUCCUUUCCCACAGGAAACAUUCUACACAACGCUAUAGUCUCCAAAAACAUUGUAAACCGUAGUACAGUUACAUCGGGCGUGUCAUUUAAUGUGACAUCAGUGAGACCGUCAGUACAUACAAGUUCGCCAAAAAGCACUGUAGUAACAGUGGCUUCAGACUUCGACAGUAUUUCCACAACCAAAGAUAUGAUUGAUAAUGCAUGUAAUUCAUCAGUUAUGCUAAAAAAAGUGCUAACCCUAGGCAGUUCCGGGUCCAGCAAAUCUUUUGUGAUGCAUAAUACACAAAAAGUUCUAUCCACUGGUUUCGCUAAUGGAAUAAGUCCCCCACCUAAUGUGACGAUCGUAAGUGCAGGUAACAGUGGUGGUAUUUUGAAUACUGGCAACCUUAAUAACAUUGGUUGCCCAACUUCUGGCAAUUUGAGUGCCACUCACGCCACACUGUCCGCUUUACUUUCUUCUAAAACUGAAUGUUCUACAGUAACGAAAAACUAACUACAUUCCAAUUUGGAAUCUCAGCAUAUAUUUUGCUGUAAAUUUAGGUAGUUUAUAUCUCUAGAUGAAAAUAUUUUGCUUAUGUCAAAGUUUUUGAAAAAAUUUCUUAUACUUAAUGGUAUUGCCAGCGAACACUUAUCUACCUCUUGAGUUACCUGAUAGAUUAGCUUUUAAUGAAUGUCGUGCCAAAGUAUUAUUCAGUAUUAUUCUUUUGGAUUAUAAUAUUAAGAAUUAAUGUAUAUCGUGAAAUAUUAAUACUUGUAGGAUCUCAUUCAUGUUUCUUGUUCUAUUUUAAUUUUUUGUUACAUUUUAAAUUGUUGUAUGCAAAACACAUUUGAAUGUUUGCAACUUACUUAUUAUGCUAGAAUUAUCCAGCCUGGAUUCAACUAUUAGUCUUGACUCUAUUAAUUUGAGGCAAUAAUUCUAUGUAUAAAAUUUUGUUAAAAUUUGAUAUGGUCCAAGGACCACAUCCAGCUCACUCAAUAUUGUUAUCAAUGAUUUUGUUACUAUUCCUAUUAUUGCUUCUAGAUUAGUAAGAUCAGUUGAAUUCAACUUUAUUUUUUUAUGAAAUGCACUUUUGUUUUAUUAUAUGUAGAUUAACAAAAAGAAUUGCUUGUCUUGCUUAUUUUCUGUUUAAAUUAAUGCUUCUUUUUUUAAAUAUCAGUUAUAUUUCAGUGAUAUCUAAUUUAAUUCAAUCAGUCCUAGUAGAUUAUAGAAAUAUUUACUUGAACAGAUAUUGAACUAAGAAUAAUUAGUAAAUACCACUUGUAUACUAGGAGAGAUUGUUAUGAUGUUGCAUAGCAAUUUAGUAUUUCAUUGUAAGAAUUGAAUUUGGAGGGUAGAGAAAUUGUGUUUGAAAGGAUCAUUACAAUGAGUAGUUGCACUGGGAUAUUAUAUAUAGAAAUGUGUUUCUGUUAAAAUAUAAGGAUAGUGGGUUUCUUUAGGACCAAUAGCUAAUAUUUUAUUUUUGUCUUGAGUAUUGGCUUAAUAUAAGUAAUUAAUAUUCAAGAUCAUCACAGGAGAAAAGGACUGAAAUUUAUUUUUUCAUAUCAGCUUUAUUUUAUACAUUUGUGUCUUUAUUGCUUUAAGUAGACAUUUUGUCUAGUAAAAUGAUUGUUACACGCUUGUUUUAUAUGUUUUUAUACAUUCAAUUAGCUUUAGCAAUUUAUGCUUUACAUUAACUAAAAGACUGCAUUUUUUUUUGGUUACUGCUUUUGCAGCUUGUGUGCAAUUAUUAUUAUUAUUUAUCUAUUAUUUUAUAUGGCUUUUGCCAUUACUUGCAUUUGAUAUUACUUAAUUUAGGUUAUUGUUAGAUCAAAGCUAGCUGGGCUGUGUUUGCUUGUCAAUGUUAUGCACUUAAUUUAAUUGUUAUUGAUAAACUGGUUGUGAAUCUCAUAAGACUACAAUAGUUAUAAUUUAAUUGAAGUAAUUUUCUCAAUUAGAUGUUAUUUGUAUUUUACUAUUAUGGACAUUAUUUAUGUAGUGUAAUUAAUAUAUUUUAUUCUUAUUACAAGAAACCGCAUACUAAUAGUUAUCAUGACUUACAUGUGAAAUAAGAAAUGAAAUAUUUAUAAAUAUUCAUGUUAAUUUAAAUUAUUUAACAUUAGUUCGUUAUUAGAAAAGUACAGCAUGUUCACAAAAAUGUUGCUUUUUUUAUUAUUCCGUUGUAAUUCGUUUAAAUAGAUAUAUUUAAAUUCUGAAUGAAUAUUUUACACCGUACAGGCUUAAAAGGUGUCAGUAUCAAGACAUGUUGUAUAUUUAUUUUUAAUUCCUGCAAUCAACAAUUGAUCAAGUUUAUAUUUUUUUUUCUGUUCAAAUGUUAUUCAUUUAAUGUCAAUUAAUUAUUGUUGAAUUUAAUUAUAUACUUCUAUAUCACAAUGUUUUUAUAAAUUUUAAAUCUUAAGCAACUAAACGUAUGUAAGCAAAAAAAUGGUGUAAAGCACAUUUUUUCCAUAGUAAAAGUAACAGAAGGGGGGGGGGGGAUAUUAUAAUUUUUUUUGAAAAGCCAUAUUUGUUUUUAAUGACUUACAAUUUGCUGCUUUUACAUUCCAAAUGUGUAUUUUUGCUCAGUUCUUUCGUUAACACACCGAAAUAUUAGGUGUGUUGAUAAAAAAAAAAACUUUUAAUAACUCCAAAGAAUUUUUGAGCAACUUCUAUAAAGGAAUCCCCACCACUUAUUAUUUUUUAUAUUAAAAAAGGUCUCAAUUUUUAUUUAUGACAUAAUUUUUUUUAUGUUAUUACUAUUAUAUAUUUUUGUAUGUUAUUCCAUUUGCUGUUUCACUGAAUGUUGGUAAUUUUAAGAUAUAAAUAUGUUAAGGCGUUUUAAAAAUCUCAAUAUUGUGGCUGUGUAAUAAAUUGUGAGCUGUAUUGAUCUUCAAA